CUUCAGUCACCAGUGGAUCUGUAGGACCAGCUUCUUCUCUCCUUUUCCACAUUAAAAGAAUAAAGCGAUGUUCUUAGACGGAAAACCAAACAUGCUGAGUUACGCUUUGGUGACGUGUUUGUCUGUUUUAGCGGCAGUGCUGUUUUUCACUCCCGAUUCGCCUGUUAAUGUGGGAAAUGAGUCAGAGAAGGGGCCCCCAGGAGCCCGGCUAUUAAACAGGAUGGACCUGUCUCUAUACAAUGGAGAGGAGGGCAGCAAAGGUCUUUAUUUGGCUCUUCUGGGGCAGGUUUUUGAUGUGCAGAAAGGACACAAACAUUAUGGACCCGGUGGUGCUUAUCACUCUCUGGCAGGGACAGAUGCCUCCCUGGCCUUCAUCACGGGAGACUUUACAGAAAGUGGGCUGAUAGAUGAUGUGUCCAGUUUGUCUCCUCUGCAGGUGGGGGCCCUUUAUGACUGGCUGGACUUUUAUCACAGGCAAUACCACCAUGUUGGGUUGGUGGUGGGACGGUUCUAUGAUGAGAGCGGACAGCCCACAGAGGCCCUGCUGGAGGUGGAAGCAUUACGAGCAGAGGGCCAGAGACUGAAGGCCCAGUCCGAGGCGGAGAAGGUUCACUUUCCAGCCUGCAACUCUGAGUGGAGCUCAGGCCGAAGCGGAAGAGUCUGGUGCUCCACUAAGAGCGGUGGAGUAAUAAGAGACUGGAAGGGUGUACCACGAAAGCUUUUCUCCCCCGUUUCCGGUCGUGUGCAGUGUGUUUGCAUCAGAGAUCCGUCUGCAGCAGCAGAAGAUCCCAACCUGCAGAAAUACGAUGGCUGCGCCUCAGACGCUGACUCAUGCAUGCUGGGAGAUGACUGAGUCUGGUCAAAAGGAAAAAACACAAGGCCCGAGUCAUCCCUGCAGGAAACAUUUCAGAAAAGGAAAUCACAAUGAACCCUUUUAUAAAGAAUAUGAGACACUGGACAGUUUGUCGAUGACCUUUAUGUAAAGUUGUCCUCCCUUUCUCUAAAAGAAUACACCAGGAAGAGACAGGCUAGAUAUCUGAGCGUACAGAUACGAUACAAUGUGCAUAAAAGAUUAAACAAUGUGCAUAAAAGAUUAACAGAGGCGAAAUCAUUUUUUUUUCUUUUUAGGUUUGUCACAAUGACAAGCACAAACUGCAUUUAAGUACAAAACAGUUGUAGUGGUCAAAAAAUAUCACACAUUUAUCUGUACAAUUGAACAAUAGUUGAAGAGGCCGCUCCACUCGGCUGUUCCUCUUAGUCCACAUCCCUCAGUGAUCUGAAAUGCUCCUGAUAAAGUGCACCAAAUGGGAUGGGUCGCCAUGGUUACAGGUAGGAAUGAGCACAUCAUGGUUGGUUAAAAAAAAAAAGGAAUGUUAAUUAGUGAGCCUUUUUGAAACAUGAUUUAAGAUAUAAUUGAUGUAUGAAGGCUACAAAAUAAACUGUUUGCAUAAACAUGAGAUGAAUUUAGCUGGCAGGUUCUUCAUUAUUUUAGUGGAUGAAAGAUUAUUUUACAGCUGGAGGCAAACAUGUUUUAUAAAUGGAAAUUUGAAAAAAAAAAAAAAAAAAAAAAACUUUGUAAACCUAAUACGAUUUUAUUUUUUCUAAAUGUUUAUUAAAAAAAUUUUAAUGUUAUUUUUCCAAAUUUCUCUUUUUCAGAUUGCAUUUUACGGAUCACAUUCUCUCCAGGAUGUUUGUUCUGCAGUGAGGAGCUGCAAUCUCAUUGGUUAAGUAGCCAUCUUUCCAAUUGGGCUUAAAGUGAAAAGAAUCUGCAAAACCAAAACACAGCGUGAAAAGAACGCAAUCUCAAAAAAAAGAAUGAGGAAAAAAAUCAAAGAUACUAUAAAAACAUUGAUAUUUAGAAGUUUUCCCAUUUUUCUUUCAUUUCUGGAUGGCAUGGUUUUCAAAUUUCCAUUUACUCAACAUGUUCUUUGCUGGAACAACUAUGAAAGCACUUCUGUUUAAUUCAGUUUGUUUUAAUAACCUUAAUUCUUUGUUUGGGUCAGUUAUUAGAAAAUCAUAAGAAUGUGACAGAUUACUGCAUGAAUCAUUAAAUCUAUAUAAAUUAUUCAUUUCAUAAUGCUGUGUGGUUCUGCUUUGGGAGGAUCCAGAUUUCUGCCUGUAAUAACAGGAGCAAAAACAUCACUGAUGUUGAGAAACUCCAUCCUGCUGCUGGUGGAGCUGCUCAUAUCUGCCUUAAGAUGCUUUGAUUGAAGCCGACAAACAGAAAACGUUUCCCUCUAGAAGAUUAAUAGCUUUUCCUCGUAGGCCGGAGUAGUAGAAAGAUGGAGGUCCUUAGAAUCUCCUGCUUCUGGUGUCCGUUCUCCUGGUGUUCCUGAAUAGCAGUGGCGAGUCGGCCAUGGCCGAUGGAAGAGUUGCCGGUCGUGGCAUUAGGACACCCCGCCCAGAGUCAGUACGUCGAAGCAGAUGUCGCACACUCGGACUGGCUUGUUCAGGUCAAACUUGAUGAUUGGAAUCUCCUUUAUAGAGCACUUGUGGCACAACAGGCGCCCACAAUGGCGGCUAGAGAGGAAGAAAGGGACCGAUUAAAGUGUUGGACAAGAUCGUUUCUAAAAGCUGGUUUAUUUAACAGUUAAAUCCUCACAGGAGAGAAAUCUUACCACAAACUCUGCUGCUUCUUUUUAACCUCUUAAAAACCCACCUAAUUUUGGGUAAUCCUUGCCUAUUUUGCAUCCCCCGAUGUAAAAGCAAAUAACUGAGGAACUGUAAAGUGACAUGUGUGAUAUGUCAUUUGAAAGCUAGCACAUUCUAGUUUCUGAAAAUAUAAAUAAAAGCAGUGUGACUAAAA